AUGGCUCCUCUAAAGAUACAUGGUUUUAUCCAAAUUUGGAGCAAGAAGACUGGGGUAACUAAAUCUAGAGAAGUAUCCAUCAAAACAGUGGAAGGAAAAAAGGAAACUAGCCUGGUGGUCAUUUUCAACUCUGGAGAAUUUAUAAGGGUUUUUCAGCUAAGUAAUAAUAUUACAAGUGUGGUCCUUAGACAUGAUGGAGAGAGACAAAGUUGCCUGAAUUUAACUUUGAAAAAUAAUAGCUCCUUGUUUAUUGACAAAUUAUCCUACAGAGAUGCUGAGCAGUUGAAGAUGUUCCUGGACAAAGUCCAUCAAAACAAAUUCCAAUCACCUAUGAAAUAUGAUAAUGAUUGGGGUGUUUUUGACAGCAGGAAUACACAGAAAGAAAUUGACAAAACUCCAUUUCACAAAGUUUGUGACAAGCCAAAUUAUGGAUCAUUUAAUAUAGAAAAAGGAAGUGAAACACCUUUCCCUCAGAAGGUGUCUUCAUUAAUGUUAAAAUCACCAAUGCUUGUCACAACAGGGCUAUCAGGAAAUCAAGGUGGAAAGUGGAAAAGAACGCUAUCAUAUGGUCUAGAGAUGAAUGAGGGCCUCCAGGAAGAAAAUAACCCCAUGCUAAACAAGAAAAUGAAGGCAGAUUCCUUUAAGUAUGUAAGCAGCAAUGAGAAGAAACCAUUGAAUUUAAAAGAUUUAAGAAGGAAUAGAAAUUCAAAAUAUGAACCUCCACGCUGGACCAUCUCUCCUGAAAAUCCUAGCCUAGAUAAGCCUGUUCUUUCAGUCCAGCCUCUCUCUUCCAAAAGAAGUUUGGAAUUUCCAUCAGAACAAAUAUAUAGUCAGAAUGACCCAGGAUGGAAUGAACCCCAGGAGUCUCUUGGCUCUCACCCAGAACAACUAUGGCAAGGCUUUCCCAAUUUGGGAAACACCUGUUACAUGAAUGCAAUUUUACAGUCCCUAUUUGCGAUUCCAUCGUUUGCGGAUGACUUACUCAUGCAAGGUGUCCCGUGGAAGAAAAUUCCAUUCCGUGCUCUGGUUAUGCUCUUCAGCCAGUUACUGGUAUUAAAAGAUGUUUGUAACAUACGGACCAAGAAAGAGUUACUUGUAAAUAUUAAAAGUGCCAUUUCAGUGGUUUCAGAGACAUUCUCUGGCAACAUGCAGAAUGAUGCUCAUGAGUUUUUAGGUCACUGUUUAGAUAGGCUGAAAGAGGACAUGGAAAAAUUAAACAGCACUUUGAGGACUGAGAGAGAACUUGGGGAUGAAAAUUCAUCUCCGCACAUGUAUGCUGGUAAUGCUGCCGCCAAAGUAUUUGUUUGUCCUGUUGUUGCUAAUUUUGAGUUUGAAUUGCAGCGCUCCAUUAUUUGUAAAGGCUGUGGUUGGGUUGUUCUCAAGGCAGAACCAAGUAAUUAUCUCUCCAUCAACCUUCCCCAAGAAACAAAACCACUUCCUUUCUCUAUUCAAAAUUCCUUUGAUCUUUUCUUUAGAGCAGAAGAACUUGAGUAUAACUGUGAGAGGUGCAGGCACACGAGUUCUGUUGCAAUGCACAAAUUCAGUAGGCUUCCCAGGGUCCUUAUUGUUCAUCUGAAACGAUAUAGCUUUAAUGGUGUUUGGUUGCUAGUGAAGGAUAACCAUCGAGUCCAUAUUCCCAAGUAUUUAAGCUUAUCUUCUCAUUGCAAUGAUAGCACCAAACCACCUCUUCUCUUGGGUAGAAAUGCACCUACUGGGGACUCCAAAGUCCUGAAAAUCUCGCAAGAGAUGACUUCUGAGGUCAUCAGCCCAUCGACACCUUCAGUAAAGUUGAUCCCAGAAUCCAGUGAUUCCCUGGCUUUACAAAUUGGAUCAGACAAGGAUGCCGAACCACAAAAUGAUCAGAAAAUCUGUGAAGAGUCAAGCCAAGAACAGCAGCAGACAGACCUGGAAAAUGGUUCUAAACUGAAUGUAAUAGAGUCAGAACUGGUAAACUCAGGAGAUAGGACAGUCAGUGAAAAGAAGCUGCCAGCAGCUGACUCGAUGGAUCAAGAAGAUACUUCUCUUCCUAUGAUCUGUGAAGGUGGAGGUAAACCUACCAGCAGCCCACACACAGGUCUUGUAGAGAGUCAUCUUCAAGAGGUACCUGACAAUCCAGAACUUAAGAAAUAUGAGAAAACCAAAGCAUUUAUAGAGUUAGGCUUUGACAGUGUCACUGAGACUACUGAAGACUUUCAUGAGGAUAAAGAAAACAGGAUUCCAGAAAGACCUCAAGGAAUGGCUGAACAACUCCAGCAGCAUGAUGGGAAGAGAAUCUAUGAGGAAUUCCUUCAGCAGGAACCGACUCCAAGCAUUGGGAAGCCGAAUGCCCAGGAACACACAGAGAAGGACCUCAAUAUUCAUCAGAAGGCUAACCUGAAUUCCCUUGGUGCACUGGGUUCUGACAAGAACCCUGGAAGCAAAGAAAUUUUAGAUACAGAGAACACAGAAGCUGAAGCCAGGGAACUGAAAAGAAAUGCCAAGAUGGGAGAUCCUCUUCAUGCCUACCGGCUCGUCAGUGUGGUCAGCCAUCUUGGGCACUCCCCAAACUCAGGCCAUUACAUCAGCGAUGUUUAUGACUUUCAGAGGCAGGCCUGGUUCACAUACAGUGAUUUACGAGUGUCGCAAAUCAAAGAGUCCGUGAUGCAGAAGGCUAGGCUUUGCACUGGGUAUAUCUUCUUUUACAUGCACAAUGAGAUCUUUGAGGCGCUAUUAGGAAAGGCAAAGAAUUCCCAGGUACUUAGAACAGAGGUAGGGAUGCUCCCUUACUCAGGAGGAACAAGAGGAAGAUGA